CGUCGGCCACGGGGCGUUUCAGGGGAUCAUCAUUCUGUGACUGAAAAAAAUAACAACUUUCCUCUUGAUAGAGAUCCAGACCACUACGCCGUCAAGAAUACUCCUCGACCACACAGCCAUGGCGGACAGAAAAGAGCUGCCCACCGUCAACCCGGCCGUCGCGCAGAACCAGAAGCAGGCCGCGUCGGUGCACCCGGCCGUCUACAUUGCCUCCUGGAUUGCCCUCAGCUCGGGUGUUAUCAUCUUCAACAAGUGGAUUCUUCACACCGCUGGCUUCAGAUUUCCCUUAUUCCUGACAACAUGGCAUCUGGUGUUCGCGACGGUCAUGACCCAGAUCCUGGCCAAAUUCACCCACCACCUGGACAGUCGCCAUAAAGUCCCGAUGACACCUGCUGUUUACAUGCGUGCUAUUGUCCCGAUUGGUGUCUUCUUCAGUUUGAGUCUGAUCUGCGGUAACCUGGCAUACCUCUACCUGAGCGUGUCCUUCAUCCAGAUGCUCAAGGCUACCAACUCGGUCGCAACGUUGCUGGCGACCUGGGCCCUCGGCGUGGCCCCUAUGCGUCUGCAGACCCUGGGCAACGUCUCCUUCAUUGUGGUGGGUGUGGUCAUCGCCUCCAUUGGGGAGAUCAAGUUCAACAUGAUUGGGUUUAUCUGCCAAGCUUGUGCGACCGUCUUUGAAUCGGUUCGCCUGGUCAUGGUUCAGCGUCUUCUCAGCUCGGCCGAGUUCAAGAUGGACCCCCUUGUCUCGCUCUACUAUUUCGCUCCUGCUUGCGCCGUCAUGAAUGGCAUUGCCACUCUUUUCUUUGAGAUGCCGAGCAUGACCAUGGCCGACAUCAACAACCUCGGAGUCUCCACUCUGGUUGCCAACGCCGCUGUAGCCUUUGGCCUGAACGUUGCAGUGGUCUUCCUGAUCGGCAAGACAUCUGCUCUUGUCCUCACCCUCUCUGGAGUUCUGAAGGAUAUUCUGCUGGUCGUUGCCUCCAUGGUCAUCUUCCAGGAUCCCGUCACUCCCCUGCAGGCCGUCGGAUACGCCAUUGCCCUGGGCGGUUUGAUCUACUACAAGCUCGGAGCCGAGAAGACCAUGGCCCUGCUCAGCCAACUCCGCCCGACAUAUGGCGCCAGCCGCCCGAGAAGCCUUGUCGUCAUUCUUGUCCUGGUUCUCGCGGGGUUUUACUUUCUCUCCGGCUCUUCAGUAAGCCUUCCUGCUACGGGAUACACCUCCGCAACGAGUCAUUAAAAAAGUGCCCGCCGACAUGUAACGUGGGAUUGCCCAACAAAAACGUCUUAUUUUUUUUCUUCUUUCGCCCGGGGAUUGCAGCAAUAUUUCACCGUGGGAAGUUAUCUAUCGAGCCAUGCCGACGGGCAACGGUUAAGCUCGACAGAGCAAAAAUGAUUUGGGCUUUCUUUGUACAAUUUACAACUUUCUUCUUUUCUUCUUCUCUUUCUUCUUCUUCUUCUUCCUCUUCCUCUUCACCCUUUUUUCCUUUCUUUUUGGGUUCUUAUAUACUUGGACGGGAUAGAACAUGGAUUUUACCGCUCAGAGGCCCGCAAUACUGUAUUUUAUAACCAGACUAUUUCGAUAGAUAUUUCAUUAUCUGAUUCACU